AGCCGGAUAAUGUGGCUGUACGGAGAGCGGAAGUCUCACAUCAAAACAACAACAGUUAGCUCCAAAGGAAAAGCGAAGUUUAAUCUUUUUUCUUCUGGUUUUGGGACAAAUUAACAGGUACGCUGGAAUUUUCUGAUACCCACUCGGACAUGUCCUAUGUCUUCAUCAACGACUCGUCGCAGACCAACGUGCCUCUGCUGCAGGCCUGCAUCGACGGGGACCUGCCUUUCGCCAAGAGGCUCCUCGAGACCGGAUGCGACCCCAACAUCCGCGACAACCGGGGCCGCACCGGCCUGCACCUAGCCGCCGCCCGAGGGAACGUGGACAUAUGCCGCCUCCUGCACAAGUUCGGGGCCGAUCUGUUGGCGACCGAUUAUCAAGGAAACACGGCGCUGCAUCUGUGUGGCCACGUGGAUACCAUACAGUUCCUGGUCUCCAACGGGCUCAAGAUCGACAUCUGUAACCACAAUGGAUCGACCCCUCUGGUGCUGGCGAAGAGACGCGGGGUCAACAAAGACGCCAUCCGUCUGCUGGAAGGACUGGAGGAGCAGGAAGUGAAAGGCUUCAACAGAGGACCCCACUCAAAACUGGAAACAAUGCAGAUGGCCGAUAGCGAGAGCGCCAUGGAGAGUCACUCUUUACUCAACCCGAACCUCCAGAGCAGCGAGGGGGUCCUGUCCAGCUUCAGGACCACUUGGCAGGAGUUUGUGGAGGAUCUGGGCUUCUGGAGAGUCCUGCUGCUGCUCGUGGUCAUCGCCCUCCUCUCCCUGGGGAUCGCGUACUACGUCAGCGGCGUCUUGCCUUUCUCCACCAGCCAGCUGGAGCUGGUGCACUGAGGGGGGAGAGCAGAGAGGGACGGUGUUAAAGAAGAAGCAUGGGGUAGUGAAAUAACCAAGUGAAGUUCCGCUUUCAGUGCUUAUACCAGAACACAAACCCAGAUUUCUGUUUUAUUUGCAGGCCAGAUCUCGUCUUGAUUGUCUAGACAGGGAAACAUCGUAUUGUUGUUAGAAAGAGGAUCUAAUUAUUUCUAAAAAAAGAAGUUAACCAAAAGAAGAAAACUGACACUAGACGCUAGAAAAAAAUCAACUGCAAACCUUGAGGGGAUUACCAAGUCUUCUGUUGCUCAUACUAAGGAAACAUUGGUCUUGUUUGAAUAUUGUGUAACAUAUCCCCCUUUAAAAUGAGGUCUCAGUUAAAGCUGACUCAUUGGAGUGAGGAAAAUACGACCAUCUUGUUUUCUUAAUACGACAUUUCCUUUUAAUCUCCGUCAUACUGUUUGUUCUGUUACGAGCUGUAUAUUGCCAAUGUUUUUGUAUCUUUUAUUCUUUCUUAUUUGUCUGAUUUUUUUCAUUUGUGUUAUUUAUCAAAUAUCUUCUGUUCUCAUUAUCCUGCGUAUACUGUGUGUUUUUGUUUAAACCCCCCCGCUCCCUCGUCCUCUUUCCAAACCCGGCAUCGGACACUUAAUCGAUCUCUUGUUCCCACUGGAGUUUGUGUUGACUGACAGUUGACUCACUCCCGUUGUGCGAGAAUGUUAUAUCGUCCGCUUGCACGCCGAUCAGAACAAGCACCUCGACUGCGUGUCCUUUUAAGAUAAAGAUCCGUGUUCGACAGCUCAUUAAGACAUUCCCGCCAGCAGCAUGAGGCUUUGUUGCAUUAAAAAACCGCUACAGUGUAAACAUUACAGAGAGGCACAACGCUCCUAAACUGUAGGAUUAUUAUCCGAUUAAUGAUUAUUGUUUGAGUGUACAUUAAUUUUAUCUUCAUGUCCUUGUAAACCAUGUAGAUUUUAUUUGUUGUUGGUUUUUCCACUGUUGAUUUUCAGUGUACAAUAACACAUUCGCAGUAAAUCCUACUUUAAGGUGGAUAAAUGAAUAAAAUCAUGUGUAUGUAUGAUUCUAAUUGA